AUGAGUGUGCUUGAGAUGGCGUCCCCCAAACAAAAGGGUAGCCCCAGGAGAAAGCCCAUCCCUGAGCUUGAUGUGGUUGUCAGCAGUCUGAGGAAGGAGAACUCCUACCUGAAGAUGACCCUGGCUGAGCUGUCUCGUCAACAUUCAGAACAUAACAAGCUGUUAGAGCGCUUCCUCUCUCUUGAAACCUUUCGACUGGAGAGUUCUCAUCAGCUCACAGACAAACAGGAGAAUAUUGCUUUGCCGUCGAAGCAGUUGAGACAGAAAGAAGGGAAUCUGAUGGACGUAGUGAGUAUGAGAAGAAAAAGAAGCCUAUCCAGUUACUGUGGGGUCACUGAUGAGAUCAAGAACAAGCUUGACUCUGCCUCAAGUGAAUGGGACUCAACAAUAACCACAGCAGAGCUCCCAAAGCAACUCAGUGAUGCCUUGGAGAAGAACAAGCAGUGGCUGGCAUAUGACCAGCAGAGAGAGGCCUAUGUGAGGGAAAUCAUGGCCAGAAUGUUAUGGCUGGAGAAGCAGCUGAAUGAAGCCAAUCAGAGUCGCUCACAGCGGCACAAUGAGGAGCAUUCAGAGGGUGAGCCAGAGGGACAGUGGGCAGUGGGCACUCACCACUGGAGCAACAAGGGGCAACAGACUAAUGAACAAAUACUAACCCAGAUGCAGCAGCACUAUGAAAGUCUCCUACAGAAAGCCACAGAGGAGCUGGAUGUGCUCAGGGAGCAGAUCAACAUGAUCCACCAAACCCUGAUAAUAACCCGAAACCAGUGCCAAGAAAGGGAACAUGAGGUGGAAGAGCUCAAGCAGCAGCAGCUGCAAAAUGAAAUUACGAGCAGAAAAAGUCCACAGGAACCUCUUCAAUGCUCUGAGGAUGAGGACCAAUGGAUCACCGCUGAGACUCAAGACCUUCAAUGCAGACUGAAUGAGGAGAAGCGCAAGUCGGCACGCAUCGUUCUGCAGAUAAAGAUUUCUUCACAAGACCUUGAUGAUGAGAAGCAGAACUGUGCGUAUUUAAAGAAACAAACGGGUGGGGUUCUGAAGAGGCUGCAAAAAAAUAAAGAACAGAGAGACCAGCCGGAUCAAACCUCAUGUGAAGCGGUACACCCCCCCUCCACGUGCUCCUCUUACGGCAGCUUGCUGAAUGAAAGCUUCCUGGCGUGUCCCGGCUGUCGGGCCGAGUAUCCCAGCAGUCAGUACCGAGAACUGAUGGUCCACCUAGAGUCCUGUCUGGACUGAGCUCAGCCGAGAACUUCAAUUCUGUCUUCUGUUAAGGUUUCUGU